AUGGUCCAUCUCCAUUGCUUCCCGCUCCCCGUGGCUACCACUAACUGGCUUCCCGCAGCUACCAAGGCCGAUGUCGAGGCUCACUUUGCGACCCACGGUACCGGAGAGAUCACCGAAGUGAAGCUGAUGAAUGGCUUCGGCUUCAUCGAGUACAAGGACGCAAUGGACGCCCGCGAUGUCGUUCCAGGUUCGCACGCCCCGUUCAACCGCCGCUUGCUAUGGAUUCAAUCGUUGCUAACCAGUCGCGCUCUCUUGCCGCCGUCAUAUAGCCUUUCGUAUGUCAUCGCCCCCAACAUCUUUGCCUUGCCCAUGGAUCCGAUUUUAUGGGAGAACGCCUCACCGUUCAGUUUGCCCGUGGAACUCGACACCGAGAAGGCGGACCUGAAAGAUUUCGCCCGUCAAUCAAGCCUUGACGUGGUGUACUCUGAGACUGGCCGUGACUCCAAUGGUCGAGGCUUUGUCGAAUUCGAGACUGCCGCAGACCUGAGAACAGCUGUCGAAAAGCUAGAUGGCCGCGAAUUCAAAGGAAGUCGCGUCCAGUGCCUCGUUGAUACUCAACCCGAUAUGCCGCCGCGGGGGGAUCGUGGCCGAUCCCGUUCGCCAGGGCGCCGGCCUUACCCUCCCCCAGCAUUCGAUAACUAUGACCGCCGAGGACCGCCUCACCGAGGAUACAACCGUGAGACCGGCCCGUCGUACGGCUACCGUGACCGAAGCCCUCGUCGCGAGUACUACGAUGAUAGAGCACCACGCUAUCGUUCGCCCCCCCGGCGACCGGUGGAAGAUUACCCGCCACCUCGAGGCCGUUAUGAAGAGCCUUACCGCCGCGAUUACCCGCCACCUCCCGACCCUUAUGCAAACGGUGGUCGACCGGCGUAUGACCGGCCACCAAGAGAAUUCCCCCCAAGAGAACCAGCAUACCCCCGAGAGGGAGCGUAUGCGCGUGAUUACGAUCGUGGCGGGCGCUACUGGUAA